UUUUUUUUUUAUAAAUCACAAGACUUCAUCGUUUGAUAGAGUCUGCAGGUUAGGAUUGUAUCUUGACAUUUUUUGUCGAGCGAUCAUCGUCUGGGUCUGGGAGGGGCUGGAUCAUCCUUGCAGGGAGAUAUUCAGAGAGCGUUCUCCCAUAGGAAACGAUAUUAAUUAGGCCUUUUGGGAGUUGCGAUCAGAAGAGGCAUUGCUUAUGGGUAAAUGAAUGAAGUGUAUCACCAGAAACUUCGAAAUUCGAAUGCCGAUAGAUUUUUUUUUUUUUAAGUAGUAAGCGUGGUUUGGGCACUUGGGUCUGCCACCGUCGCCGUUCUAGUUGCUCUGAGGCCGAGCAGUUCAAUCACUUUCAGCGUCCUUCCGUAGCUAAUCUGGGUUCAGCGGGUGGAGCAGUUGCUCGAAAUCCAUCGCCUCUGGGGGCAAUCUAGAUGGCGUGGAUUCUGGCAACUGGUUGUCUACUUGUUUUAUGGAUAAUUUCAUUGUGCAAAGUUCUUCUUGUGGCACACGUGAAUAAGAGGAAUUCUUUUAAGAAGAAUGGUAAAGCUCUUACAAAGAGAAGUGUCUUGAUAGUUGUUGCCCACCCUGAUGACGAGUCUAUGUUCUUCACUCCAACAAUAAAUUAUCUGACGUCAAGAGGGCAUUAUAUUCAUAUUUUAUGCUUAUCUAUUGGUGAUGCAGAUUGUAAAGGAAGCAUCAGAGAAAGAGAGCUCUUUCAAGCCUGUGCAACCCUCAAGGUACCAACGCAACAAGUGAGGGUUGUGGACCAUCCAGAUCUGCAGGAUGGGUUUGGUAAAGUUUGGAACCACAAUUUGGUAACAAGUCUUGUUAUGGAAGAAAUAAGCACUUACAACAUAGAUAUGAUUAUCACUUUUGACAAUUAUGGUGUUUCGGGUCAUUGUAAUCAUCGCGAUGUACACUAUGGGGUGUGCAAGUUAUUACAUGAUAUACAAUACAAGGACAUUGAAGCCUGGGAGCUGGUUAGCACCAACAUAUUGCGCAAGUACAGUGGACCUAUUGACGUCUGGUUGGCCAUGUUUGCUAGCAUGCUGCAUUCAAAUGAAACAAUCCAGUUCUUGGUUUCGCAAGUGUUUUGUAGCCAUGUCGAGUUAUACAUAUAUGAACACACUCAGAAAGAUCAAGUGAAGUUACAACAUAGAAAAUAACUUGUGUUGCUUGUGAGGUGAGCGCCUUUGUCAUUCGUGGUUGAUGCUACCCUGUUUAGCUUGUACAGCCUGCUGUAUCACAUAUUUGACAUCUUGAUCGUGAAGGAUAUUAGUCUAUCCAUUUUUUUGUUGCUCACAGAUAUCUUCCUAGUAAAAACAAUUUUGUUUGAGACACAAUAAGGAGUUCUAUCCAUUUUAUUUGAAGUCUCCACCUAUUUCUCGUGCUAUUGCUUGAACAGCAAUGCGGGAGUAAAAAGUAAAUCAAAAGCUCAGAAUGAAAAUUUUGAAGUUUA